AUGUAUAAUCAAUAUUUAUUCAUUUUUGUAUUUUUAACAUUGGCUAUAUGUGAGGGUGGAUAUCACAAUAUCAAAAUAAAGGAAUUUAUGAGAGAGAAUAACGAAAUUUUUAUAUACAUAAAGGAAAUUUUAGAAGAUGAAGUUGGACCAGAAUAUUUCCUGUGGAAGAUAGAAAGUCUGUAAUAGUAAAUUGUUUCAGGAAUCAAUUAAAAGAUGAUUGUUGACUAUUAAAAAAAGGAUGACCCUAAUCAGUACAUUCAAUUUGAGAUCGUAAUUUACGAUUAGUAAUACUUUAAUAAGAAUUGAUUCAAGCCCAUAGACUAACACAACAACAGUGACUGCUUUGGAAUAGAAGAACCUUAGACUGGAUGAUAAGAAAUCAAAUAAUUUCAAAUAUCAUAGUUGGGUUGAUCUAGAUACAAAGCAGUUUAGCCGAAUAUGUCCUUAGAUUUAAAAAAUAUUGCUUUCAAAGUUAAUACAGAAAUUUGAUUUAGAAGAAAAUACCUUUAUAAUAGAAAUAAAAUCAGUUAAAGAGCAAUUUGUAUCAGGAAAAACCUAUUUAAUCUUUACGUCCAUAUCGGAUGGUAAAUAAUAUAAGGGAACAUUGUAUGAAAAGUAUUAUGUUUGAUCUAAAUAAAGUCCAUGGUCAAAGAAAAUGGAAGUAGUAACAGUAGAGAAAGAGGAAGAAGUGUGA